GAAAACAAUUUAAUUGCCGGUAUCCCGUCUUGUGCAGUUGCAACCAGCCGUCGAACCUUUAUCUCCGAGGUGUACCGACAGCUCACUAGGAUCGAGUCGUUAUCGCGUCGAACCGCGCGGCGCGUCGCAGCAAACAAGUUAGUUGUAGUGCGUCACGGCGGGACGCGGUGAUAAUAGAAUUACUAGUUGAAAUACAGUCGCGUUCAGAACCUAGAGAGCCGCAGACAUGCGGGGCAGCACCGCCGGCCUCGCGGACACUCUCGCCAGUGGGUCCCGCGCACAUGCCGUCCUACUAGAGCUCGCCGAUGCGCUCUUCGCGAGCAUCGUCGUCGCUCCCGCCGUGGUCGCCUACUGGAAGGCCACAUGGACGCUCAUGGACUUGUAUGUUUUACCGGAGAACAGUGUCGGCUCCGCGGCGGUGUGCACCGCCUUCGGAUUUUGCUGUGACUUAUUGUUUUGCUUGGCGCAAAACCAGUUGAGCAGGUACUUGUGUCCGGACCGGGGCAGGUUGACAUAUUAUGUGUUGUCGAGACUGUACACUUGCUUGGCCGGGAUGGCGUGUGUCGGGGCGUGGCGGGGGGCAUGGAACCUGCUGAACGAGUGCACGGGUGACAGCGCGAAGACGCUGCUGUCGACGACGGCAGCGGCGACGCUGUCGCUGGCGGCGCUGCGCUCGCUGCGCAACAUUUGCGCGGCGCCGUUCGCGGUGGCCGUGGACACGCCACAGGAUUACUUUGAUGUCCCCACCAUGUUUAGAACGAGUACACGAGAGACGGCGCUGUACGUGCUGGACUGCGUGUUCUCCGUCGCUGUGGUGGGGUCGCUGGUGGUGUUCGUGUGGCGCGGCUCCUGGGCGCUGCUGGACAUGUUUCUGUUCCCCGACGACCAGCUCCGCUCCUGCUGGACCUCGCUGUUGGUGGGCUAUGCGCUGGUGGUGGGGACAUUCGGGCUGCAGGCGCCGGUGCGCUGGGCCGCGGCGCGGCUCCGGGGCGCGGCGCGGCUGCUGCUGGCAGACGUGUACCAUCUCGUCUCCUUCCUCGCCACGGUCAACGUGUGGCGCGGCGUGUGGGGCUUGCUAGAUAUAUAUCUAUUCCCUGAUUCACCAAAAAUCAGUAAUUGGUGCACACACAUCGUGAGCCUCACGCUCCUCAUACUUCUGAACUGCUCCAACUCCAUUAUAGUGCGGGGCGUCUACAUCGACGGUGAGGAGCCUGCCGGGGAAUGCGUGGUCUUCCCGUGCCACUAUCUAAGGCUUUUCUUCCACAAAGAGAGAACCAAAAAGAGACACAGACAAGCACUCGCCGCGGCAGCUCUUGCGGCCAAUAGGAAGAUAGAGGAAGCCAGCGUACCCUUACAAAUGCCGGAGGAAAAAGUAUAGAAAAGACAGUCAAAUCCUUACACCAAUCGUUUUGAGAUUUUGGUAAUCGACGAAAGGUCGGUCUUAUUAUGAAUAUUAAGUAA